AGACGCGCGCCUCACGGUCAAGACGCGCUCGCGCCCCCUGCCGUUUCGAGGGUAGCUCGUUCAUGGGGAGAAGGUUGGUUCUUGUUCUCUCGGCUGGCCGCUCCUCUGCCCCCGGUACACGUUCUAGGCAGUUCGAAUGAUGGCGACGCCGACGACAGCGAGCCUGGUUGUUGUUCAGCUUUGCAAGAACUAUGUCAAGGCAUUCUUUGGCCGCAAAUGGUGAAGCCGAUCGCGUACGAUCGCUCGACUCGCGCCCGAGAUAGUGUGUCACCGAUCCAUGGGUCCGACAGGGCGCGAUCGAUUCGCGAUCAAGUCUGCCCGGUCUCGUCUCGAACGCACGCAACCAGGGCGCCUGGUGUUGAACAAGUUGCGAGGAAAGUGGCACAUCCUUUACUGGUCGGUUUGAAUUGAGCCUUUUUUGUGCGUAUCGUUGCGUAUGUGCGCGUGUGCGUUUUGUUUGUUCGGCUGUUCCAUUCUCGCCUCGUAGGUCCUGCUGGUGUGUAGACGAUAACGUGUCUAGUGACAAUUAGCCAUUUUACGUACAACAUAGUGCGUCAAACGAUGGAUGUGGCACCUUCGAUGGUGCAGCGUGCUGGGGAUAAGCUGAUAGUGCGGCGAGUCGUAAGUGGUGAUCAGGUGCAUCUGAGCGAGCACUCGACCCAGGUCCAAGCGGGUGAGGACGGUGGCGAAUCUUCGGAUCAGCCACUUUUAGACGGUUGGGGACGUUUCACGGCAGGCACAUCUGCGUUCGACGAGCCGUCACUAACAGACGGUGAAGGAUCCGUCCGGACGUCGGUAGAUCCAGAAUCCGACGGACAGUCGCAGUUGCCGCAGUGUAAGAUCAAGCGCAACUACUCGUGUGGUCGAUGCACCUACUUUACGCAGAACCCGCGCAAGUACCUGACGCAUCUGCGUGACACGCACGGCGAGAAGAUCGUCAUCAACGAAUGUAAACGGUGUCUGUACGCGUCUCGCCAUUACCAGAAGCUGGUCCGGCACAUGAAGAUGGUGCACGGGUCGGUUGAUGGCAUCCGGAAGUCGGGCUCUCUCGGAGCGAGCCGACGUCGUGUCCAGAAGGUGUAUAGUGGUGUUGGUGGUGGAAGUAGUGGGUCGAUGCAGCUGCCCAAGUUGUCACGAUCGGAAGCUACCCAGCUGACGACGGCGUAUGUCCAGCAGAUCUUUGCAUCUGGUCUGCCGAAGCUUCUGGAGGAGAUCGAGAAGUCGACUGCUGUCGGUACGUCGAUUGCGGCGACGAACUUCGCACGCGACUCUCAUAUGAUGCAGCCAGACAAAGAGCAACCGAUGCCAUAUUCAUCCGAUGAAAUCAUCCCAGAGGCUAGUGAAGGAGAUAGAUUAGAAGGCAAAGCGACGGAGGAUGGCGUUUGCGUUGUGCCUAAAAAACGAUCCCGACCCAUACCCAAUCUUAUCCCGCUGAACGUUUCGACGACGCCCACCAAUCUGUCCACCGCAGGGGCGAAUACUGGCCAGAAGUUCGUGAAACCUAUCCCGCUUUCCGCGCUCAAGGCGGAGAAUGAUGAGAACGAUCGAAAUAAAACCGCAGACUACCCGCUCAGUUUGACAAAACACAACCAGCAGCCCAUGACGAGUGGCCAUCAGGAAGAACUUAUGACCAAGUGCAUGUACUGCGAGCUGUCGUUCAAGACGGUCGAGGCGCUGGCGAAUCACAUCAAGCUGGCACACAAGGAGGACCUGAUUGCGGCCCUGCUGACAAGCUCCUUCGACGAGUCAGCCGACGUGCCAGGACUCGCGCGUCCAACCGAAACCGAACGUGCAGCGAACGAGAUCUGGAGGAGACUGUUGGCGUGCAGUACAGAAGCGGCCUCUAGCGGACCAGUUACGAACCCGCCUGAGUACGAUCGGACACCGGCUCGACCCCGGCAAAGUUCGCUGUCAAACGAUGAAACCGAUGACGACAAUCGAGAGGAACACCAAUCGCGGACGUUCUGCGGCGUGGAAACGGCACCCGGGUACGGUGAGGUGACAAAUCGACUCCCAACCAACGACCCUACGGGCCUGGUAAUGAAGAAGGUGUUCAAGUGCCCGCACUGCUCGUUCUGGGCGUCAACCGCGUCCCGGUUCCACGUGCACAUCGUCGGUCAUCUGAACAAGAAACCGUUCGAGUGUUCGCUGUGCGCGUACCGGUCCAACUGGCGCUGGGACAUCACGAAACACAUUCGUCUCAAGACGAUCCGAGAUCCGAGCCAUAAGAACGCGGGCGUCCUGAUGAACGACGAAACCGGCCGACGAAACUACACCAAGUACAACAAAUACAUCGCCCUCAUGCAGAUCACGGACAAGUAGGACAGGGGAUCGAAGAGGUUGGAGGUUACGCCAUUGGAGUUUUUCUCCAAAUUAAAAAAAAACCUCCCUCUUCGAGACUUUGCGUAGGCAGCCCAAGAUUGAUGGGUGUCCAAUAUGCAGUAUAUCUCUUGUUCCGGAAGCAUGCACGAAAAUCCCUUCAACUGUCAAUCCUUCCAAGAAGUUCGGGGUCGCCCGUACGAAACGUCCAGAGUAGUGGCCAUCCCCACUCUUUUCGCGAGGCUACAAACCCCCCCGGCAGCGGGGGAGAUAUCCUUAACUAGAUUAAAUCCAGGGAAGCUUAAAAAACGGCACAUGCAUUACAGUACACACCCACGUGGAUCCAACCGCUCAGAACCGAGCCUUGAACGCUAGCGCUUGAAGGGUCGAGAGAGUAUAACUGGCUGGCUAUAUGCACCUAUAGAGUGGCGAAGAAGAAGUCAGCUUUUUUUCGUUGCGGUACUUUCUACCACGAAAUCCACCUUUUACAACAAUUUCGCAAUAUUGGGCGACUCGCAUUAGAAGAAGCGAGGGCAAGGAACCGAAUUCGAAGCCUUACCAGGCGUGUGGGGGCAGCAGUAUAUUGCUUCUCCGUCGCCCAUCGUGUCGAGUUCAACAGGGCGCGAACGGCGAAAGUCAAGCGGCCCAUCGAGUGAGCUGACUUCAUUCCUUACGAAGACCCGAGGAGUCCCUUGAACGCAAUCAAUUUUGCGAAUAUUCUCAUUUCGGUCGGGCGAACGUGAACCGGCCUCGUUCGAGUAAGACCCUUCGUUGGCUCCCGGUACUUGAAGUGAUCCUUUGCACCACCCACCAACCCUGGUGACGGCAUACUUUCAAACGCGACGCUGCUUUUCGCCACGUCCCAUCGCACACACACACGCGCGCACCCACCGAUGUUGAUUCCGUCCCCAGGCAGGAGCAGCAGCAGCGGCAGUUUCCGAAUUCUUACCUUUCCCGACAUCUCCACUUUACCAAUCCGCUUUGCAGAAAGGAGUCCUUUCAUCGCUUCGUCAGCGAUCGUUUGAUUUUCGGGGGAAUGAGCGAUAUCGUUACCAGUUAAAUGCGCUUUAUUAGAAUUAUUAUUUCAAAGCGCGCUAUCAUGGGAUAGCCCGCGAUGAUGGGCAUAAACGGUUGUUAGGCAAAUAGGACCCACGAAUACGACGACAGACGUUUUCAGCUGUCUGCUUCAUAGUUUUUUUUUCUAAUGGCACCGAGAUCUGGCAUUCCCGAUGACAAAUCAUUGUAAGACACUUGAAAGCAUUACCACGAUGGAUUCGUUAUUGUUUUAAUAUUUUUAGAGGACGUUGGGAAGAAUCUCAAUCUUAAUUUAUACACAGUACGAUAGGGUAGAAGUUUAACAUUAUUUUUGUAAAAUUGUGGGAACAACACUUACAUAAUAAACAUUGUUGAAA